CGUUAGCUCCUCCUAAAGACCACAAACCAAGUCGGAGUCUAAGUUGGGAUUAAAGUUCGGUUUGGAGCUCGAUCGGAUCGGUUCAGGGCAAUAGAAAGAUAUUUAUUUGGUGACUGUGCCUGCAGCAGGAUGCUCGCUUGAAGCAAGUUCCAUCUCUGUGCUGGAUUUAAACAAAUGCGAUUUGAAGAUGCUGCAUCUGCAUCGGCACUUGAACUUCCUGUGGUUCCUCUGCUCUCUGUUGGGAUACUUAGCAGAUCCGGCGACAGCUGAGAUCGAGUAUAAUACGAUUAAUGAGGACGGAUCUUUUCAGUUUCGACAUGCAAAUGAUGACAUUGGAGGCUACUAUCACAGCGCCUCGGGCACUCCGGACAACACGGUGCGAGGUCGCUACGGUUCGCGGAGUCCGGCGAGCGGACAGAUCGAGGAGACCGUCUAUACAGCCGGACCACGUGGAUUUCGCGUAAACGGACCGAAGAUUCAUCGGAAAAUGGAUCUGGCCCAGUAUCCGGUAUUGCCGCGAGGAAGUCCAGAUGAUCCGCUGGCUGAUCCUUUUGAUGAUCCCUCCUACAGCUUCAGUUUCCGCACUCCGGAUCAGUCGCGCAGUGAGGAGAAUGAUUCGGGUAAUAGGAUCAGAGGACUUUACUCAUAUCUGGACGACGUGGGCGAGCGGCAUAGUGUUCGUUAUGCAGCUGGAGCCGGAACUGGUUUCGAGAUCUCCAAUGCUGUCCCGGACAGUCCAUCGACUGUGGCCUAUUCCAGUCCUCUGUACAAGUCCCAUCCCAAAACACGCGGAAAGAUGGCCGUGCAAAGAGGACCGGCGGGUAGCUACAAGCUGAUUGCAUCCGGACCGGAUCAUAGAAGGGCUGAAAGCCGAGCUCCGGAUGGUCUGGUGAGGGGCACAUACUCCUUCCUGGACGACAAGGGCGUGCAGAGGACAGUGGAGUAUAUAGCAGGAGCAGGAAUUGGCUACAGGGUGGUGCAAAACCGAAUUGGUCCUGGCACCCAUAUCAAUCCCUCUGUGGCUGAUUUUCGUCUGGCAGAUCCGGAUUUCCGAUUGGCUAAUGAUUUUGGUAGGGGUGCAGGUGGUGGCUUGGGUCCAAAGGGAGGAGGAAGCGGAUCAAGUGGCCCAAGUGGUUCAGGCGGAGCAGUAGGAUCAGGUGGAGGUGGCGGUGGAAGUGGAGGUGGAUCGGGAAGGGGUCGCACUCCUGGCAGACCCGGCAGCAAAGAGUAUCUGAAGCCAGCUGAUAGCGGAAGGCCCAGAGAUCAGGGGGAGGGAGAUGCCGGGGCUUCGGAUGAUGAUAAUCUCGGAUCUCAUGAUGGCAACGAAGGAGAUGACAUCGGGCCUAGCGGUAGUUCUUCUGGGUCCAGCAACUUUAACGGUAAAGAGGAUCGCAGGGGAUUCCCGGCGGGAAGUUCCCAACGGGGCAGUACUAGGUAUGACGGCGGGGGUAGUAACUCUCAAAGAGGUGGAGGUGGUAGUGGUGGUUCCAUAAGGACAAAUGCAAGUGGGUCGAGAAACAGGAACCGAUUUGGAAGCAGUGGAGGAAGUGCUUCCUCUGAAAGGGGAGCUGUAAGGGGAGAAGUAGCCGGUGGGGGAAGCAGUCGCCGAGGAGGUGGAGCCUCCAGCGAAGGCGACUCUGGCCUGGGCUACCUGCCGCCCACAGGUGGAUCGGGCACUAGUGCCAUCAGCGGACCCGGGGACAAUUACCACCUCAACGAUGAAGAUGUGGGCAGUUCACUGCCGCCACUGGUCACUGCAAACCAUCGAAUUCUGGAGAUCGAUCGGGAUCGGGAGUGGGUGCAAAGACAUCGCGACUCCACCGUGAUCAAAAAUGUGGGUAAAUGGUAUGUGGGCUUGCCACCUGGCCAAAGUGUCCGUGCCCAUGUCCAGAACAUCGACAUAGUUCCCCUGGGUGGAAGGAUUGGUCUCUCCCCGUCAGAGGCACUGCGUCAAGAUGAGAUCGCCGAGCUGAAUGCCUCCAGGGAGCACUAAUCAGAUACUCCCCCUCCACUGAUUGGAUCUGUAGUUCGUAGUGAUCAGUAGCUCUAAGUGAUCAGCGUUAAGUAACUGAAACUGGGUUGACUCCACCUGGAAACUGUAACAGUAUUUAAAGCGGAAUACAUUUUAUGUCUGUAUCUGUGUA